AUGAAGUCCUUUCCGACGGCGUCGCUGCUGCCCAAGGAGGAGACGCUGGCCGACCGCUUCCUGCAGCAGUUCCCGACCUACGACGGCCGCGACGCCGUCGUCGCCAUCUUCGACACGGGCGUCGACCCCGGCGCCAUCGGCCUCCAGACGACGCCCGACGGCCGCCCCAAGAUCGUGGACAUCGUGGACGCCACCGGCGCUGGGGACGUGGACACGUCCACAGUCCUCGAGGCCGCAGACGGCAAGCUGACGCUGCCCAACGGCCGCGUGCUGACGCUCAACCCUCAGUGGAGCCCCAGCCAGGACGGCAAGUACCACGUGGGCACCGUCGUGGGCUUCCACCUGUUCCCUGGGCCCCUAAUGGCCCGACUCAAGACCGAGCGCAGAGAGAAGUUCGACGUCCAGCAGCGCGCGGCCGUCAACGAAGUGCAGGAGGCGCUGGCCCAGUGGAGCAAGGAGAACAGCCCCACGACCAAUGGCACGGCCCAAUUGAGGGCCAAGAAGGACCUCCAGGCUCGACUCACGCAGCUGCAGGAGCUCAGCAAGAGCUACGAGGACCCGGGCCCCGUCUACGACGCUGUGGUGUUCUACGACGGCAGCAAGUGGCGCGCAGCUCUGGACACGAAGGAGACGGGGGACUUUUCUGAUGUUCCGGCGCUCACCAACUUCAAGGACGAGCGGCAGUACGCCACGUUCCCGGACGAGUCGCAGCUCAACUACGUGCUGAAUAUCUACGAUGAGGGCAACACGCUGAGUGUGGUGAACGACGUGGGCGCGCACGGCACUCACGUGGCUGGAAUCGUGGCUGCGCACUACCCGGAGCAGCCCGAGUGCGACGGCAUCGCCCCUGGAGCGCAGAUUGUGGCAGUGAAGAUCGGAGACGGGAGAUUGGGUAGCAUGGAGACGUCGUCGGCCUUGAGUCGCGCCAUUCUGGCCGUCAUGGAUGCCAAGGUUGAUGUGGUGAACAUGAGCUACGGCGAGUACGCGUCGCAGCACGACUACGGACGCAUCGUGGAGCUCAGCAAUGAACUGGUGAACGAGCACAACGUGACCUUUGUGGUUAGUGCGGGCAAUAACGGACCGGCGUUGGGGACGGUGGGCGCCCCUGGAGGCACAACGUCGAGCAUGCUCGCGGUCGGAGCGUACGUGUCGCCCAAGAUGAUGGACGCCGAGUACAUUAUGCGCGACAACGACCUGUCGGGUAUCGCCUACACGUGGUCCUCGCGUGGCCCAACGUUUGAUGGAGACUUGGGCGUGAACAUCUGCGCACCUGGCGCAGCCAUCGCCCCAGUGCCCAACUGGACGCUGAACAAGAAGCAGCUCAUGAACGGCACGUCCAUGUCCUCGCCGAACUGCGCCGGAAACAUCGCGCUGCUGGUCAGCGGCUUGAAGGCGCAGGGGGUGGAGUACACGCCGUACUCGAUCCGUCGCGCUCUCGAGAACACUGCGGUCAAGGUCCCCAACGUGGAAGUGUACGCGCAGGGCAAGGGUCUGAUCCAAGUGCUGCCGGCGUUCGAGUACCUCGCGGGCAGCAACACGUUCGACGGUACCAAAAAGUUCCCUCUGCACUACGAGAUCAAGACGUCCUCAGGUGAUGGAAACGCGCGCGGAGUUUUCCUGCGUGACGGCGCCGACUUUGCCCACGACAGCACGGAGGUGAACGUCGCGGUGACGCCCAUUUUCCACAAGAAGGCGGUUCAGGAGGACAAGGUUCACUUUGAACAGCACGUCCGUCUUGUUCCCUCUGCGCGUUGGAUUGACGUGGGCCGGAGCUUAGCGCUGAUGCAUGGCGGUCGCGCUUUCAAGGUGCUGGUGGAGACUAAACACUUGAGCGCUGGUGAGCACUACGGUGAAAUCGUUGCUUAUGACACGAAGAACGAAGCGCGAGGUGCUUUGUUUACGAUCCCGGUGGUGGUUAUCAAGCCCGAGGAGGCCUCGUCGGUGGUCGUGUACCAGAAGAAGUUCCAGCCUGGCGACAUUUCUCGGCGCUUCAUCACGCCUCCGGCCGGAGCUACAUGGGCGGACAUUAUCUUUACCCGCGCCAGCUCGAACGGUAAACGUGAGGUGGAGUCGAACUCGUCGGGCAAGCUGUACAUGUUCGACGCGCUGCAGUUCCAGCCGUUUGUGCGCCAGAGCCUGUCGUCAUUCCACAAGGCCUUCUACCUCAAGCCUGGACAGGAGCUCGCCUUUAGCAUGGAUACGCUGGGGGGCCUGACGACCGAGUUCUGUUUGGGGCAGUUCUGGAGCGCGCUGGGGGACUCGAUCGUUCAAAUUGAGGUCCGCUUCCACGGUAUUAAGCCCGACCAGGAGAAGAUUGUGGUCACGGGCGGCGUGGAAUCGCAUAAGGUGCUCGUCUCGAGCUCCGUGGAGACGGAGACUCUGGCCCCGAAGGUGAGCUUUACCAAGUACGUUCAGCGCAUCCGUCCGAAGACGGCGGAAAUCACCCCGUUGAGCUCUAGCCGCGACCAGUUCCCCGACAAGCGUCAAGUGUACCAGCUCAUCUUGACGUACCCGUUUACGAAGAAGGAGGCGGGCAAAGUGGUGCCGCACUUGCCGCUGUUGAAUGGGCGGCUGUACGAGUCACCGUUUGAGGCGCAGUUGAUGAUGAUCUUCGACGACAAGAAGCAGUAUCUGGGCUGCUCGGACGCCUACGGCGACGAGACGAUGCUGAAGAAGGGCUCCUACGUCGUUCGAGCUCAAGUUCGACACGAGGAUGUGAGCAAGCUGGAGAAGCUGAAGCAGAUGGUGCUGCUCCUGAACCACGAGAUCAAGGAGAUCCCUGCGUCUGUGUUCGGUCACCAAGAUGAUGUUGCGCUGGGUGGCAAGCCCCUAGACAAGAGGAGUUUGCCGACCGGGAAGUACGUUCCCCUCUUCGUCGGGGAGCCCGCUCAUGACAAGCUUCCGGCCGGGAAUGCCGUCGGAGAUGUUCUGACGGGCAAGAUCUACUUCGGACAGAAGGACGGCGCUAUCAAGGGGAAUGGUAGACGUCCUGGUGGUUUCGACAUCACCUACGUCAUUCCUCCGGAGCUCACCCCUGUGAAGGAUCCGGAACCCGAAGAGUCGAAGGACGAGCGCGACGAGGAGGAGGUCGCGAAGGAAGCUGUGCGCGAUCUGCUACUGGAGCGGACGACGAAGCUGGUCGGCAAGCCUACGUUCCUGCCGGCGUGGCAGCGCCUCGUGGGCCAGUUCCCGAACCACCUGCCAGCGAUGCAGGCAAAGCUGCACCACUUCGACGCCGAGGCGAGCCGACCAUCGCAGCUGGAGGAGGUGAUCAAGGCGGCCGACGCCGUGCUGGCUCUCAUUAAGCAGAACGAGCUGGCUCUGUUCUUCGGUACGCGGAGCGUCCCUGGCGACCAGCUUGCAGCCGAGAAGAAGCUACGCAAGGAGAAGGAGAAAGAGAAGGCGAUCCUGGCCGACGCCCUUGCACGCAAGGCUCGCGCACUGGGCGACUCCGCUCAAUGGGACGACUUCCUCAUUGCGUACACCAACCUCCAGAAGUGGGAUGACGUCGAGACGAACGCGUACCUGCACGUGGCGCUGCUGCACGACCGCCACUUGAGCGCGUUCGGCUUGGCACUGCAGCGUCUGCGCAAGGUGCAGGACCUGGAGCAGGCGGACAAGACCAAGAUCAUCUCGGACGAGAAGCUCGCGACAGAGAUCGCCAACACGCUUGACGCUCUAGAGUGGAAGCACUGGGCCACGCACGAGACGCAAUGGGAGCGUCGUCGCGCACCGACGUCGUACAGGAUCUUCUAG